AUGGGAAGCCCGUGGAAAGCUCUGCCCAUUCGGAGUUCACUACCAGGAGCCAACACGGCGCUGACCUGCCCUCGUGGGAAAGGGGAGAAGAAGGACAAGAAGAAGGACAAGAAGAAGGACAAGAAGAAGGACAAGAAGAAGGACAAGAAGAAGGACAAGAAGAAGGACAAGAAGAAGGACAAGAAGAAGGACAAGAAGAAGGACAAGAAGAAGGACAAGAAGAAGGACAAGAAGGACGACGAGCUUGGGAUAGGAGAAGUUCAGGAUGAAGAAGGGGACGCUGGGGCGUGGUGUCGAAACCCUCAACGCUGA